AUGGCAGCAACACCGACGGUAUUCAUGACUUCAUCUCAGGAAAUAACUAGUGGCAUCGCGUUGGAGAAAAGGAAGGAGCACGGGCCAUUACCAGGAGUCGAAGCGCAUCCAUCGGUCGAAAUGGCCCGGAGAAUGUUUGAGCAUCUCGACCGCAUCCACAAGAUCCAAUCAGACAUUGCAACUCAACAUCAAGCCCUAGAGAAUGUCGAGCUCGGCGUGGACGGCCAUUUCAAAACGAAGCGUCCAGAGACCGGCCAUCCGGACUCAUCAUCGAACGUUAGACAUGCACAAAACCACAGCGGGAUCUCAGGACUGCAAGAGCCCGGGACCUCCUCUGAAAACGUCCGCCAACAAUUCCUGAACAGACAGGUUGCUGUUAACAGUCUCAUGAUCAAGCUUUCCGACCUAUCUGUAGCCCUUAACGGGAUCCACGAUUUGGGCGUAGAGGAUAACCUGGGAAGACCGUCGAACAGAAGUUCGGAGUGA